UUUAUUCGGCAAGGGUUCGGAAGUCAAUAACUUACCGUCUGGAAGGUCUGGACGUUUGCAGUUUGUCAACUUUCUCUCAGAGGUAAUAGAGUACUUAUCUAUUCUUUUAGAUAAACCAUGCCACUUCCUAACUGGGCAAUAGUCGGUGGAUUCUGUGUGCUUCCUCAUAUCGGCGGUAUUGCUGGUGGAUUUAUCACUAAAAAGUACACUAAAACUUGGUAUGAAGGUCUGAAUAAGCCAUCAUGGCGUCCUCCAAACUGGGCCUUUGGACCGGUAUGGACCACGCUGUACACAGGAAUGGGUUAUGCAUCAUAUUUAGUAUGGAAUGAAGGAGGUGGCUACAAUGAUACAACAAAACUACCACUUAUUCUCUUUGGUUCUCAGUUGGCACUGAAUUGGGCCUGGACCCCAAUCUUCUUUGGGGCUCAUAAACUAGGAGCAGUAAGUCUUGCACUGUAUUGUCAAGGGUGUUAGCAAGUAUGAAGCAGU